AUGUCUAAACGCGAAAGUGAUAGACCUCAACCUGAAUCCUCUAAGGAUGACCAGACUGAAUCCUCUAAAAAAAACAAAAUCAAAAUAGAAGAAAUCAUUCCGGAUUUCUCUGUGCUGGCGCGACCUGGUUAUGGCC